CACCGGGGGGGCCGUACGUAUGGACGGGCCGUACUCGUACAGCGAUAUACACAGCGCCGAAUCAAUCAUACGGUGCAAUGGGCGGGAAUCCAUCGUGGAAGUGAUAAGAGAAAUGAAGGGGUCGAACGGAGCGCAUCAGAUCAAGAUUACCGGAGGGAAUGUAUGGGUGGAUAGAUGGAGCGUCGUGAGAGGAAAGAUAGGCUUGAGCACGGUGUCAGUGGAAGGGAAGGAAAUGAGGAUUAAGGAUUGUCGCAAAGUGUUGGAAGCAGGCGGGGAUUUCCCGGUGGUGAGUAUCCAAGUGAUAUCGUCGAGCAUGGAGCACCGACGGAACGUACUUAGGGAGUUACGAAGAAAUCCCGGGAAAAUUCGGAAUAUGUACCGAAAGAAGUCCCGGGAUCUGAUUGCCUUAUAUAGGACAUGUACGCUCUUUGCAGACAAAAAGGUGAGAAAUCAACUGAAGAAUUCGAUCAUGAAGGUCAUGAAGGUGAAGUUUGGAGUGGAGAUUCGAAGAAGGCCGUGCGUGAAGAUACCAUUUGCACCGGAUGUGAGAUUGGGGGAGGUGAGAGGGAUAGCAGAGAAGAUUAUCGAGGAAGUCGUACUUGAUACGUACCUACGUCGGUUCAUAGCAGCUAAGGUGAGGAGAGAAGAAGAGCUCAUAAUGAGAGAGAUGAAAAGGGAAUUCGAUCGGAGAAGAUUGAUCAGAGUAGGGCGAUGGCAGAGCGGGGGGAAGAUCGGACAGGCAUACGUGCUACCUAAGGAUAAAGACUUAGAGAGGUGGAGGCCAAUUUCGUCGGCGACUGAUGAUCCUGGUAGACUGGCAGGAGCAAGAACAGGGAGGGCGAUACGAUACAUGCUCUUUGGGAUUAAUUGGGGAGAACAUUUCGAUCUGAAGGCAACGGAUGAACUAAAGGAGAGGUUGGGAGAUAUUGAGAAGGAAUUAGGGAAGGCGGCUGGAGGGGUGAUGGGAGCAGUAAGGGUGAGUCUUCGAGGCAAGAUGUGCACGAUGAUGAGGGGGGAACGAAGGACCGAAGGGUUCGUCAGUUUAUCGUUUGAGAUGAUAAGAUCCGUCAUCCAGUUUGUGUUAGAAUUCACGUACGUGAAACGUGCGGGGAGCGUGCUGAAACAGGAGUUUGGAAUUCCCAUGGGAAGGAAUUCGAGUCCUGCACUGGCAUGCUUAGUAUGUGCAAAGGCGGAGUCAGUAUUUGUAAGAGGACUGGGGAUCAAUCGUGCAUUAACGAGAGGAAUUCGGAUGAUCGAUGACGUGGCGAUCAUGAUAGCGGUUCACUGGACGACGAAGGAUCUUAUCAAAACGCAUGCAAAAUAAGGGAAGCCUUCGAGUCGUGCUAUGAUCAGAAUCUGAAGCUGGUCAGAAAGGACGAAGGGAGCAACGUUUUUGAAUUUAUGGGAACCAAGGUGUUCCUGCGCAGUCAUCCGAUUACGAUUCUCAUCCAUCCUAAGACACGGAAUCAACAGUUUCUCUCUCAAGGGAUGGGACUGAGGGUACAAUCAAUGCAAGACUACGCG